UCACGUCAUUCAUUUACGGUACUCUCCCCGCGCCAGUCGUCAAACGAAUUUAGGCCGCCGCCGCGACGUGUUACGACAAUGUUUUUAUUUUCCUCCGGCUGCUGGCGUAAAAAGUGAUGUUGCCCCAGUACGAGCGGCUGGUAGAUCCCGGCGGGUCGGACACCACCAUCGUGUCCGGCUCGCCGGGUACCGGCCGGAGCGCGGUCCGUCUUCGGUUCGGAAAGCUGGCUGUGAUUACGGUAAUGUUCCCGGUUGUGGGGUUCCUAUUUUGUGUGGUCUGGUCGCUGCUGUACAACUUUGAGCAGGCCAACGCGACGCACUGCCUGGUGUAUAACUUUCUGCCCUCGCUAUCGGCGGCCAUCGGGAACUACCAGCCGCAGCGGUUCGUGUGGCAGUUUUCCGUCCUGGUGCACGCCCCUCCGCGGUAUGCGAUCGCUUUUCUGUACAAAAACUUCCACGUGGGACUGCUGCGGAAGCGGAGCAAAGGGUUGGCCAAACUGGCGUGCCUUCUCAACAUCACCGAGCUUAGCUCCCUGGUCGGACUGACCAUGUGGACGUCGAUCUCAAACUAUGAAAUUCACAAGUUUUGCUUCAGCUCCUUCAUCAUCUCGUCGCUGCUCUACAUGGUCCUGUUGAUUGUAAUUAACCGCGUGACCCGCGAGGGCGACCUGCUGACGGCUUCGGAACGCAAGUCGAUCCGCUACAAGAAAAGACUGUUUGUGGCGAACUUUUGCUCGAUCGCCUGCGCCGUGUACUUUUUCGUGAGGCACAAUACUUACUGCGAGCCUGGAGUUUACUCGCUGUUUGCGCUGAGUGAGUACGUUUUCGUUUAUAGCAACAUUGGCUUCCACAUGACGGCUUAUUGGGACUUUAUCAGCGCCAAUCUGUACUUUGACUGGCGGAACGGGAUUCACUUCUCGACUAUGGUGUAGGGGCACCGCUGCAGCAGCACCAGUUAGUUAGCCAAAAUCAAAAGUUAAAAAAAAAACGCAUCGAAAAGAAUCCGUUCAGGUAUGGCGAGAUGGGACUCUAUGUAGAACACA